AUGACGACUCCGUUCCCUUUUUUACGUCUUCCAAGACUUGCACUGAUUCCUGUUAUUCAACACAUGGAGAUUAUUGAGAUAAUCGCCUUCUCCCUUAUCUCCAAAAGAACUCACAACCUCUCAAAAUACCUUCGCAAAACAAUUCUUUCCCGCUACAUCGAUCUGCGAAUAGAGAAUUACUAUCUUUGUAUGAGGAUUCCUCCGACAAAUGGGCCACUACUAUUAUUGUAUUUCAACCCACACAUUUCGAAGACAGUUGAAGUGCUUUAUCCUCACCAAACAACUCAAUGGAGGAACAUCGAAUUAUCGACAGGACAAUGGAUUGAGCGACUGCUCGAUGUAACAAAGUGUCCAUCUCUGAGAAAAGUAAUACUCAAUGGGACACCAGACUGCGAUGUGUUCUCAGUUUUUAAUGUAGUUCCCAGAGUCUGUAACCUCACUUUGUCUCAUCUUCCCUUUUCGAAUCGAGAAGAAUUCCAAAGGUUCUGGUUGGGUAACGUUAGACGUUUGAGUAUCCAUAACGAUAAUCUAUCGAGAUUUCAAUUCAGCCUUAAUGAUCUUCUAGCCUCAAACGCAAUCAAACUUGAAUUGUGCGAAGUCUCAAUGAGUAUGAGAGAUCUUAACCGAUUUUUCUCAUACUGGUUAAACAAAACAUCUAAUCGUCGGUUGAAGCAUCUAACAGUACAAUCACUUGGGCAUUUCGAUGAAGACGUUCUUCUGGAAGGACUAGGUGGUACUCGUUUUGAUGAACGACGAGCAAGCGAGUUCCCAACAUCCGACACAUUCCCUCAUUUCACAACAUUCACUGGGGGAUUUGAUUGUGAUCGAAUGAGCACUUUGGAGGCUAGCCAACAGGUGUUCCAUGUUUAA